AUGAAUGAUGUCAAGAAGCCUGCGACUCGAAGACCACGGAAGAAACAAUCAUUAUCUUUGACUACGGAUUCGUCUCAACAGGACCCUUCAUCCCGUGAGACUCUACAUUCCAACGGGAACAUUGAUUCGUAUGAUACUCGACCUCAAACCGCCGCUCAGAAUUCAUCACAGCAGCCUCGAAGUUUGUCCGUCGAGUCUCGCACAUUGGUCUCGCCUUCCUCAUCUUACAGCCCGCUGACCCCACCUGUUGACUGUGAAACAGCAUCGGUGGGCGACUGGCUCGAACGCAUCUACGAGAGCUGCUUCGAGAACGUCUUCGGCUUCUGGAUGGGUCGACAUUGUUGUGCCCUUGUCGCGGAUAAUACUUCGGCAAUCAUUCUGCCUCCUAGCCGGUACUUUCCCGAGUUGGACGACUCCAUCUUCGGCAGCUGGCCACAACCAGAGACUAAUCGAACAGACGUCGAGUCCAGUCAAAACGAGCAACAGGACGAUCCAAUAGCUCAAUCUCUCAAGCAUGCGAAGAGGUCGUUUGCCGCGCGCUGGUUUCAUCUCAUUCCGUCUGCGGAACGAGCAGGUGUGUUACCGGAGCAUGUCGUGCGAGAGUUCUGGCGGAAGUCACGCAGAGAUAUGCUGAAGGUCAUCAAUCGUAUCUCUUAUCGAUCUGCUCUUGCGCUGUUCUUGUUCAGCCUGACACCGGUCCCGGUCGGAAUAUCGGAAGAAGAGGAGAUGGAUGGCUUGACAGGUCAGCUCUGUGUUCAGGCAGGACUACAGCAGAUCCAGCGACUGCGGGAGGGCCAGCGGAGUUGUCAAUUCAGCGGGUCCCAAGUGCUACUAGCCUCCGAUGCUCUAGCGACCCCGACAGGUGGCAGCUCGAAAUUAACCAACAGUUUCCUUCGAACCGAAGCCCGCGCGUAUUGGGCGGCCUUGACCUUUGACACCUCCUUAUCACUGUCAUUGAAUUUCAGAUCGACACUCACCUCAGGGCUGCACGGCGUCGAGACUGAGACGUGCUGGCGCACACUCAAGAUGGGCGCGGGAUCCUUUCACACGCGGACCGAGGGUUGGCGAAGGAAUCCAUUCGCCAUGACUGAAGACGAGGUCUUGCAAGUCAUUGCGGCGGCGCUCGCGUGUAAACUAUAUGUGUGGAAGAUGAUCUCGGUUGUGAAGGAGGCGUUGCGCGAGGGCUCCGAAGAAGACAAGGUACAACACGCUUGGUCUGCUUUCCUCGAGGCUAUCGACAUGUUUCGAGGCACCUUCCGGCCACUGCUCAAUGAUUGCCAAAGACGACUUCCGUUCCUUGGGCAGGUCGAGAGAUUGAAUUGGUACGAACUCAUGCUUCACUAUUAUCUGGGCAUCCUCAUCUUACUCGACGCGAUCGAGGCCGCAGAAAGGUCGGAUUUGUUGUCGCAAGUUUCCGAGACAAGACUCGAGGCCGAGCACGAGCUUUUCAACACCUUGAAAUUCGGUCUGGAAAGCCAGUAUACCAUCAACGGCGUAUGUCGGCUCCCCGAAUCGACAUCAACUCUACCGAGCCUUGAGCGCAACUCUACAAUUACGGCUUCUUUUAUUGCCAUCGAUCCAUAUCCGCACCACAUCGUUGCGGCCGCUCAACUUAUGAACAAAGUCGUGAGCAGAGAGUACAGCCAGGGCAAGAUCAAGCUAGAAGCAUACAAGUAUCUAAACAGGACGCUGCUCGAAUGCCUGGAAAAGCUCCCACAGACCUCCAAGUCUGUGCAGGCGGCAAGGCAGCAUCUCCGUGCUUCUAUGGGGGAGACGUGA